AUGCUCCAUUACGUACAAUACUGGCAUAUGUAUGGCCAUUACAUUCAUGAUUUUUUGAGUUCAAUGAUGUUCGUACCUCAAGAAUUAAUGGAAAAGGGAAUACUUGUUGCCAGUCCAAAGAAAUCGAUCAAAGCAGUCAAAGAUCUUGUUAAAUACCUCGGUUUGAACAUUACUUUCCUCAAAAUGAAAAAAGAUGAACAAAUUUAUGUUAAAAAGUUAUGGAUUGUGCAUACACUUGAAUUAGGACAUGGAUAUGCAAGUGGAGGCUUUACUAGAAUGCGAAAAUUGAUAAUGGAAAAAGUAGAUUUUAAUAAAAUCAAGCCAACAAGGUUUGUUUUGGCUGACAGACCCCCUAAAUCUGGUAGAAAUUUCGAAAAUCCGAAAUUAAUGUUGAAAUAUCUUAAUGAUUACACAGUUAUCGAUAAAGGCUGCAAAUGGGUGAGAGACGAUAAGUUUUUCGGAGUUCCUGUUGAACAGAUUGUUAAAUACUGGCAGAGUAUCAAGGUUCUUGUUACUUUACAAGGAUCUGGAAUUUAUAAUGCAAUUUUUAUGCAUGAAAAGUGCGGAAUGUGUCUUGUUUUUUCAAGUAUUAAUGAUGGCCCUAACUUACACUUAUGUACUCACUUACAUAUUUUCUUAAUUGGAGUAAUUCAUCCAAGAAGAGCUCAUAAGUCAAGAGAACCGCAAGUUACUAACUAUACCUUGAUGGUUCAAUACACUCAGAGGGUUGUUGAUACUGUAAAUCAAGGAAACUGGACAAGUAUGGAAGGAAUCCAUGUUUUCUUGAAAGAAGCACCUAUUGUUACUAAUGUUUCUCAUUUUGUUAGAAACUACAAAGACUUUACUAAGAAUUGGUAA